AUGAGCGCACCGGCAGCGCAGUACUCACCACAGUAUCUGAACGAGGGCCACGGUCCCACGAUCAUUGCGACGGCAUCAUUAAUGAUCAUUCUGUGUACGGUUUUUGUCGGGCUUCGCUACUAUGCGCGCUACCUCACUUCGACUCAUUCCGGCGCAGAGGAUGUUAUUAUACCAUUCGCAUUACUGGCAGAAGUGGGACUAUGUGUUGUCGGCAUUCUCAUGGUGAAGGAAGCUGGAACGGGCCGGCAUCUCGCGUUCAAUAUUCAGAGAGAUCCUGAUAGCUUCACAAAGCACUUUAAAGGCAUCAUCGUCAACGAGUUUCUCCAUCCAGCCGCUGUAGCUUUCCCGAAACUGGUCGUGGUCAUCCUCUACCUUCGGGUCUUUACGAACAAGCUGGAGCGUGGGGUCGCAUGGGGACUUUUCGGGGUUAUCAUCGCCACAUUCAUUUCGUUCUUCGUAGCGACUUGUGUGCAGUGUACUCCGUUCGCUUACAGCUGGGAUAAAUCGAUACCAGGAGGACGCUGCUUCGAUACUGUAGCUUUUGCUUACAGUAGCAGCGUCCCGAAUAUCGUGACCGAUCUGAUUUCAACUGUAAGAAAAACCGGCUUGAUGCUGAUCUUCCUAACCGGAAGCGUCGGCAUCAUAGCCUCCGUCGUUCGGACAGUGGUCUUCGCCAAGACGAAUAUCUUGGACGAUAUCACCUUUACGAACGUGCCAUUGAUCAAUUGGACUAUCAUCGAGCCAGGAUUCUACCUCCUUGCCGCCUGCGCUCUAUCAUUCAAGCCGCUCUUCCGCAUGGUAGCUAAGGCUUUGCACCUCGGUUCGGUACUCACACACACCAAGUCAGCACUCAACAAAACCUCCUUGCACAAGACAAAUCAAGCACAGCAAAAAGACAUACAUAUGGAGACUUUCAAAUCAGGUAGCAGCGGCGGUUUCACGAAGCUGAGCGACAGCGCUGAUGGGGAAGGCAAUGAUGCUGACGGCCGAGAUCGGGAUCAUGCUGUGUGGUUCACGAAAAGUCCCGGGCACAAGAAGGGCAUGAGUGAUGGCGCGCUGAGUGUCGUCGUCACACGGACCAUAGAGAUACAGAGCGAAGAUCUGGAAAGCGGGCCACAAGUGCGAACGCGCGACCAUGUACACUACAACACUAAGGUUAGCCGGGCUGAGUAG